CGCCCAGCCCUCUGGCCAGCACAUACAAAUCGCCCUCCAGCUCACAGCCGACUCAUCUUGUCUCUUUGUCUCCCGGCUUGCUGGCUGCCGUCCCGUAUCCCUCCUGCAAAAAAGCCAAAUGGGUUUCUCCAGGCUCUGUGUCGUGCUCGCUGCGGUCUCCCUCUGCUGCUGCGCCGUGCCCUCGUUUGCAUCAUGCAAGAACGAGACGCGUCAAGACGAGUCGCCUGGCUUCGUGUUUAGAAUGACGAAAGCCGCCACCAAUUUCCUGAAUGAGGAGAUCAUCGAGGUGAUCCAAGUGGUCCUCAAGAACACCACGUUCCCCAGCGUGCAAGACAACUCUCCCAUCCCCUUCAUCGGCACCGUCUACUACUCCCUCACCGAUCUCCGCAUCACCAACACCGCGGUGGCGCAGAGCGAGAUCGUGCUGCUGGAAGGCUACGGGUUGUCGUUCUACGGCAAGGACAUCGAGAUCGUGGUGCAGGGGAAAGUCUCCUACGAGUACCGCUCCUGGCUAACUUCGUACGUGUCGAACAGGACCAUACUGUUCACCGUCUAUACCAAAACAUCGCUCAACAUCACCUCCCGCAUCUCUUCCCCCAAUGGGACGUUCUUGAUCGAACCGCCCUCGUGCCAUCUGCACAUCGACGAUCUGCAGUUACGCCUCGCCAAAAACGAAAACCUCGGCAUCCAGUUCCUGGGAGACAUGUUGACCAUUCCCAUCCGCCAGCUGCUCCGCAUUCAGGUUUGCAGUGAACUUCGAAACGUCGGCAAAGAGCUCUCUUUUCGGUUGCAAGCGCAAACAGACAAACUGACCCUGGACGACAGGAACGAGCUGGACGUAUCGCUGUUAUCGUGUCCCCUCAUCACGAGGGACUACAUGGAGACGCGGCACAAGGGCUGGAUGAUCCACAGGGGCGAGGUUCUGGGGCGGAACGGCAGCAGCCUCUGGCCGCCGCUCGACUCGGUGCCCACGGAGCGCAUGAUGGGCAUGCGCAUCGCCGAGAGCGUCCUCGAGUCCCUGGCUCACGCGUUCUUCCAGGAGAACCUCCUCAAGAACUUCACCUGGGACGACGUGGAGGAGGUCUUUGGUUCAACAUCAGAUACGACUGGAUUUUUGGAGUUCUGCAAAAAGGUGCUGGUCCGCACAGGAGGCAAGGACAGUCUGGAGCAGACCCUGCUCACUGUGAGUAGCCCCCGGCCGCCCAAGCUGUCGUGCGAGCCGGCGGGCAUCCACCUGUCCAGCACCAUCAAGGUGGACGUCACCCAGGACGGGGGGCCCGUCCUGUUCAGCAUACAGCUGUUCAUCAAGACGAUCUCCUUCGCGCACGCCAUCACCGACGGCAGGAGGAUCAACGGAACCGUGGACACGUUCCGGGUCAAGAGCAUCGACACGAGCAUCCUGACGCCCGAGGAGCUGGCCACUUUUCCAAAACUUUUGAGGAAUUACGUGAAGACCGUAGCGCAGGAGGUCGUGUUGGAGCGUUUUGAACGGGAGGUUUUAGACUCCAUAAACCACAACGGCAUGGACGGCAUAUUGCUCGUCGACCCGGUCUUCAACACUCAGCACGGUUACCUGCAGCUGGAGACGAACAUCUCCAUUGAGGAUCACUUCUUUGCGAGGAUCAUCAAACAGAAGAUUUACGGCUGAGCCUGUCGGAGGUCACGUGUUGAUAUCCCAGGCGGCAUAAGAUCUCAGAAGCUAAGCGGGGGGUUGAUACUUGGAUGGGAGACUGCCUGGCCAAUACCAGGCAUUGUAGCCGCUGGCUGCAAGGUUGCCAGGAGGUGGCAGUACAGCAAUUUUAUUAUCGAAUCUUUGAUUGUUACCCCCCCUGGAGCACUCGUGCUUUCUCCAGGCACUCCGAUGAUGUUGGCGCACACAACGCAAAACACUCGUUCGUGGCGUGUGCCAAACAAACCCAACGCGAAUCUCUCUUGAGACUCGUUUGGGGCCCUCCCUGGUGAAUCGACGCCUGACACACACACACACGCACAUCACGUGACUGUGCACAAGUGUAAUUUCCUCUUAAAAUAAGUCGUUGACAGCGUAGUGUCUUUCAACAUAAUCGUUUAUUAUAAUUCAACCCUCUGUGUAUUUUUCAGUGUACAUAUAUAUGACAACAGGUUAAAGUGAUAUAAGAAUAUAUAUAUCACUGGUACAGUUAUAAAACGCAUUAAAUAUAGUAUAACAGAUAUGCCAUUGCGCUCGGGUUAGUUGCAAAAGCAUGCAGGAUCAGAUUCGUAUGAGCUUUAAAUAUCACUACGGUAAUUAUCAACACUUAACAAAGCACAAAAAACAAUAUUUAACAUGCAACGGACAUUCCCUUUUUUAUGACAAUAACUUAUAUUGCACCUCAAUCCAGUAUGAGUCCAUUUAAAGUUCCAGUGUAGGCAGCUUUUGGAGGCUGCUCCCUCCCUAUGGUCCGGUGGCCCAGAGUUGGGUUUUUGGGGGGGUCAACCACGGCACCCUGAGCAAGGCCACGUAGAAGAAGCCAAGCUGCAGUCACCGGCCACUUUGGUUCCGAGUCGUUCCGCUCAAACUUCGCCGCGCGAUUCUCAAUUUCGACGUCACUUUCGCUCGCAGUUUGUUCUCCGUUGUACGUUGUAAAAUUGUCAUUCACGUGCCAAGAUAUGCGAUUAAAUAAUUGUGACCCCCCCCCCC